CAUGCAGAAUUUCUACUUACGUAAGGAAAUGCAUAAUAAAUACGUACCCAGGCUCUGUGGUCCCCAGCGUUUCAGUUUCACAAUUAAUAGUUCUUGUUUUUUCCUUCCUUGCAGGAAUGUGCAGCCUGAGAAAUGGUGUUGCGGUCUAGCAGCAAGUGUGCUCUGAACUGAAUUUGCCAGGACUCCUAUUCUGUGCAGGCAUCUCUUCUGCUGGUGACCAGGUUUCUUAGCAAGACCAGACGGAGUUCAGCCUUCCACCAUGCCUGUGCCUCCACCUCCAGCUCCUCCUCCACCCCCAACACUGGCCUUGGCAAAUACUGAAAAGCCAACCCUAAGCAGGUCAGAACAAGCAGGGCGAAAUGCUCUAUUAUCUGAUAUUACCAAAGGAAAAAAGCUAAAGAAGACUGUUACUAAUGAUAGAAGUGCUCCAAUUCUAGACAAACCCAAAGGACCUGGUGGAGGUGGUGGCGGUGGCUUCGGAGGAGGUGGCGGUGGCAGCAGCGGGGGUUUUGGUGGUGCUGGCGGUGGCAGCUUUGGCGGUGGUGGACCACCUGGCCUUGGAGGCCUUUUUCAAGCUGGAAUGCCAAAGCUCAGAUCUGCUGCAAGUCGAGAUGCUGAUGCCGGGGGAGGAGGCCGCCCGCCCGCCCUGCCGCCCGGAGGCCGCUCCGCCGCCGCCAACGACGAGAUGCCGCGGCUGCCCCAGAGGAACCUCUCGCUGGGAUCCCCCUCGGCGCCCGGCGGCGGGGGGGGCCGCUCCGGACCCCUGCCCCCCCCGCCCAGCGAGAGACCCCCGCCGCCCGUCAGAGACCCCCCCAGCCGGUCAGGCCCCCUCCCGCCACCUCCUCCCAUAAGCAGGAAUGGAAGCACCUCAAGAGCGUUGCCCGCUACUCCCCAGCUGCCCUCCCGGGCAGGGCUGGAGAACCAGAGAGGUGGACCACGACCACCACUUCCCCCUGACCGGCCGGGCUCGGUAGCACCACCACCACCACCACCGCCUUCAUCAGCUGUCAGAAAUGGCUUCCAGGAUCCAGGUGAUGAUGAGUGGGAAAGCAGAUUUUCUUUUCAUCCUAUAUCUGAUUUGCCACCUCCAGAGCCAUAUGUGCCCGUGAACAGAAGUUAUCCCAGUAAACUAGCAAGAAAUGAAAGUAGAGGUGGCUCUGGCCGAAAAGAAAGAGGUGCCCCCCCGCUUCCGCCUAUACCGAGGUGAAAUGGGUUCUGGCCCAGCUUUGGGCAUCGUCUGUUUUCGAGUUUCCUUCGAGUCAGCUCUUCUGUCCACAUCAUUGGAAAGAUGUCUGUUUUGCUUUAUUUCCACUUUUGGCUUGUCAGCUGGAACAAACUUCAGUCUCUAUUACAGAAGUAAUAGACGCAGCUUAUGAACUAUAGUUGCUCAAAGCUAUACAUUUUAUUUGCUUAUACUGCAGGCUGUUGUGAAAGGCAUUUUGUGGACCAUAUACAACAUACGUGCAUCAUGCUUACCAUGUCCAGCCCUGUCCCCUUGAGAGCUCCACGGGAGGUCUGGCUUUGAAUCUAACGGAACAAAGCUGUUUCAUUCACUUCGGGUACAGUGGCUGUAUUAUUUGAAUGGUAAAGUACAGUCUAUUUUCUGUUUAAAAAAACAGUUGCUGGGGAAAACCGUGUAGCCAAGAGUCCCCUGGAUCCUUCUUUCCGUGCCUAACUUGAUCCAUCUGCUUCUGCAAGCCAUAGACCUACUACAUGGUGACCAAGAGUUCAUCCUUAAUCUUUUCACUUCAGCCUACCCAAGCAAACCUUAUUUUAAACAAUAGAUAGCACAUCCAAGGAUGGAGUAUGUCUGGCCUUGUUUUUAACUGUGGAGAAUCUUCCAAAGAAAAGCACAAGUGAAGAAUUCAGCAGCGCAAAAAUGUCUUUUUAUUUUAUCCCUUUUUCCUUGUUUUUUAAUAGUGUUAUGCUUUUAGUCACCUAAUUCUUUCCUGCUCUGAUGUGGACCAACCCACAGUUGUCUGUGUACUGGAUUAUUGUAAUGCCCUCUACCUGAGGCUACAAGAGAAGAGUCCUCAGAAAGUAGUCUUGGUGCAAAUGCAACAAUUACUGUAGUUGCAAGCUCCUUCUGUACAGCAUCGCUAACAUCAGUGCACCACCGACUGCUUUCCAGUUGUUUCUUUGGUACAAUUAAAAGAUGGGGUUUGACUUAAGAAGCUUCCUGGGCCUUAGGUCACAAGUCUCAGAGAGAUUUUGUAUUUGACUUGCUUUGCAGUAGAGCAGCUGAGGUCAAAAAUGUGUAUAAGUGAAAGCCCUUUGAUGUAGUGAAGGAGGUGUGGGGUUCGUGCAUUUGAGUGGGAGCAUUAGCUCCAAAAUUUGCUGUCUGCACUGGUUCAAGAGAAAUGGGAAGAUCUGGCCCUUUGAGUUUACCAUGAAGCCUAUCCUUUCAAACAUUGCUGAAGGGAGUCUCUGCAGAGAGCUGCAAGGCUUACAUUAAGAGAAAAGUAUUCCAACAUUGUGAUAAUUGGUUAAUAUGUUUAAUGGCUUUUGAAUUUUGUAGGUGAGAAAAGAGUUCAUUGUAUGAGUGCAUUUUACAAAUGGUUCUAAAUUCAUAUAAAAGGCCUUUGGAAGUUAGAGGAAGAUGAUAAUUAUAAUUUGCUCAAUGAUAGCUCUUUGUUAAUUGGACUUCUGAAGAUUAGCUCUGAAAAAUUUGUCCUCUGUCUCCUCAACAGUUUUGUUUCUUCAACAUACUCCUCAGCAUCCCUGUUGAGCCUGUAUCAGCAGUCAUGCUUCACAGGGAGUUGCUCAAAAACAAACAAAAAAAAAAGUGGUAGUCAUGUAGGUUAAGAAAAUGUUUCUCUAGCGUGGGAGACAAGAUCCUAAGCAUGCUCUGUGGCUAGAAUAGGUCAGUCCUUAAAAAUCUAAGGAAUUUAGCUGAGGAGAGUCUGGACCCCACUGAAGCGUUUGUGCCUAGAGCUUUUUGCUCUGUCAGUGGGUGUGGAGGGGCAGAUCCCCCCGACAGCCUGGGCAGUCACAGUGAAGGGGAUGAGACAGAGUUGGAUUUGGCCAGAUCAAAUUUCAUUUGGCCUUUUCAGUGUUUGUUUACAAAAUCUUGUUAGCUGUGAUAGCAUUUGGUUAUGUACCUGGUUUUUACAUUUUUAUAUCUAAUGACCUACUUUAAGUUACUGUUUAUGGUCUUGAACCUGCAAUUAAAUGCGCAGGCGCAGGGAUGUAUCUACAUCUAAUUGCAGGAUUAUGGCUGUAAGAGUUUCUUAAACAGAUACUAGUGGGACCGCCAUGUGACAGGUGCACCUCGGGAUCAAACCUAGCACAAUACUGAAUUUGUAUAUGUAUUUUAUGGAUGUCACUUAAAGUGCCUUUCUCUUUGGGAUAUUAUUAUGUGAAUAGAAGUCCAAAUAAGAUUUUUAGGAUAAUAACUUAAGGAUAAAUUAUUGUAUUCAUGUUUUUAAACUGAAGCACUUAUAACUUUCUAAGGAACAACAUUCUGAAUUUAAGAAUACAAUAUUUUCAGUACCUUGACCUGUCAAAUCCUUAUUCAUAUUGAAAGAGCUAUGCAUCCAAGAAAAAAACCAAAAAACCACCAAACCUCCAGAAACUAUACUUUUUUUGUAACUUACCUACUUCCAGCAUGACUGUUUUACUUUGAGUAAGUCAGUGAAAAUGCUGCACAUUGUUCUGCCAACUCUCCACAUCAUUCCAAGUAUUCUAUAUUUGAUCUUUAGAGCAAGGUUUUCUGACAAGAAAUUCUGGACCACUACCAAAGACUUGGCAAACCAGCUUCUGUCUCAACUUUAAAAUGUGUGUGUAAAAGGCCCUCAAGUCAACAAUCCAAGAAACCUGAGCUGCUUGGGUUUUAGCACUUCUUUGUACUAUAGAAGCCUCUUCAGAAUGGAUGUUUGGCAUAUAUGUAAAAUAGCUCAACAAGGCAGAAAGAGGUAUUUUUUUCACCUAACAGCAACCUUACUAUUUAUAUCUUUUGCAAUAAAAGUCCCUAGAUAUAUUCCAGAACAAUGCAGCAUUUUAUCAUUCAAUAUAUUGCUUCAUGUAUGAGUAGUAUUUACAAUAUGAUCAGUAUUAAAGUAUUUAUUUCACUAUGAAGUGUUAAAAAAGAAUACGAAACAGACUGAAACAAUGGUGCCUUAUGACUUUUUUAGUCAACUUUUCUGUGUCUCACUAGAAAAAUUAGUGGGCGUUGCUCCUCCGAGUCCUAAUGUAAAUAGUGCCGACAGUAGCAUUAUACAGUGUUUGAGCCAAGUCCUGCUGUUGUAAAGCACUCAGUCUGCUAAAUUCAGAUUGAGUUCAGAGUACAGAGAGACUCUUGGAACAGUCUUUAGGUGAGGUGUAGGUGGGCACUGGUUAGCCUCACAACCAAUCGUUGGUAUUGCUCUGGAAAUUGAAUCCUUUCCCCAAACCAGUGUCUCACUCUGCUGCCCAUACAGCCCAGCUGACUUCAGUGUGGGUUGCACAGGUGGACUACAUUUGAUUCACUGCUUGCAUAGAAGAUUUACUAGGUUUGUUUCAAUGGCACUGUAUUAUAAACCUUCACGCCUCAAACUAUCUUUUUAUGUCAUCACUAAGAUUGUGUGACAACAGCCAUGGAUGUUCGUUCUUGUUUCAUUCAAGUCAGUGAAUAAAAUGGGAAUAACUUUUGUACCACAUGACAAUAAUUUCUGCUCAAUAUUUUUAGAAGAAAAGCACUUGUUGUGUCUGUUAUGACUUUCUGCACCAGCCGUUGGGAGAAGAGUUCACAGUGAUUAAUGUUCAGAGUUGUUAAAGGAAGUUCAUCUUGUGCUUCAGGAAACAUGUAAUUCUGUAGAUGAACUGAUUCUUAAAUAAGGUCACAAAGUUCUUGUUUAGAAGCCAGAAUUUCCCAACACUAAAAGAAUCACAAGAAUGAUUUCUUUUUUUCUGCCAGACUGAACUAUUAAAGAAGUUCCUUAAAUUGUCACUUAAAAAAAUGGACAGUAGUUUCUCCUUGCAGCAAUAAUUGUUUACAUGCCACUUGUGGAAGUAGGUCUCUGUUGGAGCAGAGGAUGAGAGAACUAAACUGCUGUCAUGCUUCACAUAUAUUGUAACACAACCAUUUCCCGUGCAGAAGUACGGAAAUGGAAAGGGUACUUUUUGCCUUGGAAGCAAAGAAUGGAGUUGAAUGACCAAACUGGGAUUAUUUCAAGCAGAAUGUCAAAUGUCAAGAGACCUAGAGAGGGCCCCUCAGCCACAGGAUGCUGGAUAGGAGAAGAUUGCUCAAGGAAAUAAAAACCAAUUGGCCAAAUGUUGCUAUCAAUACUAGAUUACAAAUUAGGAUAUAAAAUGUACACGUGUGUAAUGCCACAUCACAAUAGCAUGAGAACUGUUGUCUCAUAGUCAGGUGCAAACAACCUGUUAUGGCGGUACAUCGACUCUGUAUGACAUGUGUUGUAUGAACUUUAAUCUUCCAAAUGGGGUUCAUCACAUCAUAAGGGGAAUCUCUUCCCUGAGAUAUCCAAUGACACAUUAAGUGUAGCUAAUUCAUGGAAUGGUUCUUCAUAUAUGUUGGGAGACAACAGGGAUCUUGUAGCCUGUAAGGUGGAAAUGUCUGGACCGUUUGGUUAAAAUGUAAACCUCAACCAUUGGGAAAAAGGGCCUUGUUGGAGUUACUCAGCAGAAGCAGGGCACGUGUAUUCUCAGUGAGUGAGCACACAGCAGGUAGGUAGGUAGUCUAAAAGGAAAAAUGGGACCCGCACGUCUUAAAAGAGGGAGUAACCCUUCAGUACGUUGCCUCUUUGAAAUACACUUUGUGCUAAAUAUUCUUUAGUGUAAACUAGAGCAUGCAAAGGAAGACAUCUAAAUUUGGACUUCCAAAGCCACGCAGGUCUGUGAAAGAGAGUGAAACAUAACUUAAAACGUAGGCUGAGCAGAAAGUAAGAUGUUUUUAUCAGAUACUUACAGUUUGAGCUUUUUAUAAAAUAUUAAUCUAGUUCUGUGAAUAUUUUUUUGCUUAACAUUUAUUUUGUAUGUGAUUUUGUUCUCCUUAUUUUUCUGUCCUAUGCCAAAUAAAUUUUACUUUUAUUUA